GACUCCUCAAUGGAAAAGAAUAGCAUUUAUCUUCUUGUAGUAAUUAUAGGAACGGGAUUUAUCAGCUCCAAGAAAUGGGUUUUUGCAGGAUUAGAUAACAGGUAUAAUUCAUACAGUGUUUUGGGUGGAAAAUUGCCAUUGCUUUAUGAUCACCCUGGUGAGCACAGAAUAAGGCAACACCAUGAAAUAAUGCAAGCAGGGAUUAGGAAGGGAAUGCAUUACAGCAUAGUAAAGAAGGACACACUGGCCACAGAAAGAAUUCAUGCAAAUGAGACUUACGGCCCCAUCGAUGUUACAACAAAUGGAAACACCUGUAUUCUCUUUGGAGUUAAGAGGAUAAUAAUAACAUAUAACAACCAAACUCAGCUGGACCUCACAAAUACUGGCGUAUAUCACAAUGUGGACACAGAGGAUUCAAACUGCAACGAAGAAAAUGCCACACUUUCUUUAAAGUUUGUCCAUGCUGGAAAUAUGGAUGGACUUAUGUUAAGAUUUCUAUUAAUAAAAAGCUACUACAAACUCUCUGUUCACAACUGGUUUAAAUUACAAAGUGUGCAAGUCCUUUUCAACGGUUCCGUGCAGGCGGUGUUUAGUACAACCAGAAUAUUUGCUCCAAUCAGCUAUUCCUACCAUUGUGAACAUGUCAGCUCCCUGCAGAAAUACAAUGGAUUGUUAAUGCACAGCUCUACUAAUGGAAGCUCAAGGCUCUGGGACGUCACUUUCCUGGAUUUCCAGAUACAAGGAUUUAACAUUGAAGAAGGGAAGUUUGCUUAUGCCAAAGACUGUACUACCUACUUUUCACCGGCCAUUCUGAUGGGGCUUGUGAUGUCACUUAUCUUACUUCUGGUAUUGGCCUACGCGCUCCACAUGCUAAUUCACCUGAAGUCUAUUGACAAACACUAUCAAAGGAAAAGUUCUGUCUAUUUUCCCAAAACAACAGACGAUUCCCUUGAAGAUGAGAAGGAGCCUCUGAGAGGCACUCUACAGGAAUAUUACGAACUCCGGCAGCAUGAAUGUUCUAAGCUUCACAUGCAGCACUGUGCAUCUGUUUCCCAUUAGCAUUAUAAUUGAGCAUUGUUUCCCUUUGUGUAUUUCUGUUGUUUUGAAUUCGUAUUAAACACAGUUUCCAAGAACUGACUCCCCAGAAAAAGAGGUUAUAAAACAAACUCUUGUGCAACAUAACUCCUGAGACCAAAGACACUAGAGCACUGUUUUGAAGCUGUAUCACUAAUUUUGUCCUUAAGAAAAAGUCUUUAAAUCCUUAUAACAGUUAUUUCCCAAAUGUGUUGUUGAGGUGUUAGGCUGUGGCUUAAAAAACAAUAAAGGUAACAAUAAUCAUAA